GGGCGGUCUCCGGGCCUAGGGCUGGGAGGGAGCCCCGGGCAGGGCCCGCGCGGGCUGGCGUGCGGGGCUGGGGCGGGAGCGCCAGCUUGGGCUGUGUCAGCAGUCCUGGGGCCGUGGAGCGCGGCGGCAGAGGGUGCGGUCAGGGGCGGCGGGCGGACAGCCUCGGAGGUGGAGCGCCCGGGGGGCGGAGCAGCUGUGCGCGGGUGGCGAGGGGCGUCUGCGGGGCGCCCUGCUCCAUCAGGACGGCCAGGCCGGGGUCUGCUGGACGCCCAGGUCUGGGGGCGUGGGGAGAGCUCAGAGCCGCCGGGGCUAAGAGGUCCCCAGAGCAGGAAGAGGGUCCUGAGAAGGGAGGGGGGCCGGAAGUGCAGGCUGGCCAGUGCUGGAGCAAGCACAGCGGUGACCCGGGCGGGGAGGACCUGUGUGGCCACCCAGCAGCCCUAGAAUAAAGGAGUGCUCGUUGGCGCCCUUUGCGGGAGGGGGAGCGCGGGAAGAUGCCCAGCUUUGAGAGUGGGCUGCUCCCAACAGGGCUGGACGCCCCCCCCCCCCCAAACCUGGGGCACGUCAGCUCUGGAUAACCGAGUUCUGCAGAGUAUGGAGACCAAACGAUUCCCUUUGGAUUUGUUAGCAGAUCCCCAUGGAGACACACUUAAGGAAACUCACACCGGAGAAUGCAAAGCAGACCUCACUCGGGUGAGCCCAGCGCGCAGGGGCCUCCAGCUGUACCAGGCAGCCUCGCCCCAGAGAGCCAAACUGAGGUCAGUAAAGGAGGUUCUGCAUCUUUCCGGACCAGACCUUCAGAGACUGACCCGCCUCUCAGGCCCUGACGUGCAGCACUUGCUGAGGGCGGCCUCCUCGCAGCUGCGGGGAAACAGCGUCUGCACAGCGCUCCACCUGCUCCGGCAGAAAGAGCAGUUCCCCGAGCAGCACCAGCGCCUGAGCCUGGGCUGCCCCGUGCUGGACAGGCUGCUCCGGGGCGGGCUGCCCCUGGACGGCAUCACCGAGCUGGCCGGACGCAGCUCCACCGGGAAGACCCAGCUGGCGCUGCAGCUCUGCCUGGCCGUGCAGCUCCCGCGGCGGCACGGAGGCCUGGGGGCAGGGGCCGUGUACGUGUGCACAGAGGACGCCUUCCCCAGCCGGCGUCUGCAGCAGCUCAUAGCCCAGCAGCAGCGCCUGCGGGCAGAUGUCCCGGGGGAUGUGGUCAGGAAGAUCAAGUUUGGCCACCAGAUCUUCAUCGAGCACGCGGCCGACGUGGACACCCUGCUGGAGUGUGUGAGCCAGAAGGUGCCUGUGCUGCUGUCGCGGGGCAUGGCCCGCCUGGUGGUCAUCGACUCCGUGGCCGCCCCGUUCCGCUGUGAGUUUGAUGGGGCGGCCUCAGCCCUCAGGGCCCGGCGUCUGCAAGCGCUGGGGGCCGAGCUGCGGCGGCUGAGCUGCGCUUUCCGGAGCCCCGUGCUGUGCAUCAACCAGGUGACGGAGGCCACGGAGGAGCGGGGCCCGGCAGCAGGGCCGCCCGGUGUCGGGGGAGAGCGGGUGUCUCCAGCCCUGGGAAUAACCUGGUCCAACCAGCUCCUGGUGAGGCUGAUGGCCGAGCGGCAGCGCCCUGAGGAGGCCGUGUGCACCCCUCCCAGCCGCACCCUCAGGGUGACCUCCGCCCCACACCUGCCGCCCUCGUCCUGUUCCUACACGGUCACCGCCGAGGGGGUGCGGGGCACGCCCGGACCGAGUCCCACGGACGCGACGCCCUCCACCCAGUUACUGUCUCCUUGAGCACCGGGGCUGCGGGAGGUGCCUGGAAAGCCCUCUGCACCCCCCACAACCCCCUGCCUCCGGGAAGCUGGCUUUCCCUCCCUCCCGUGCCUACAUCAGCUCCCGCCCAGAUGCGGGCCCACAGCCUUCUCUGGCCCCGGGACCCCUGCCCGAUGGGAGUCUCCCCCUGGACCCCACAGGUUGUGCAUCCCCUUCUGAAAGCUCCCAACACCCACGUGUCAGGCCGCAGUGAGAUGGAGGUCAAGACAAGCCCCCCCAUAGCCGUCCUCACCCUGUGGUCGGGGUGUUGGCUCCUGGACCCCAGAGCGCGCGCACACACACGCCCCCAGCCUGGCACACAGUGAACACACUGCAGGCCACAGGGUCCAGGAGAGGUGUUGGCAGUGGGGAGCUGUUAAUUCUGCGCUGCCUCUGCCACCAGCCACAUCUGCCAGGAAAUCCGUUCUGGACUAUUCAGAAAGGACAGCACAUCCCACUGGGCCCUCAGUGCCUCCUCCAGGCGUGGCCGUGGCAUCCAGGGAGCAAGGGGGCUUACUUCUGCAUAGACCGCGGGACCUCCCAUCGGCCAGGGUCCUGCUGUAUCUAGCCACAAGCUCCAGAAUCUGAACAUCUGGUCAAGGCAGCAUGAGGCCCCACAGUCACCACAGGACAUAACGGUGACCACACAGGCAGGGCUGCGUCCUCUUCACCCCAUGGUCGCCGCACCUCUGCCCGCCUCCACUGCGCUGCCCGGCAAAGCAGCCGUGGACCCUUCCCAGCGCUUGCCCUCUGCCAGGCACUGUCCUCACAGCCCUGGGGGCGGUCCUGUCACCUCCCACAGUUCCAGGAGCCAGAUGGACACUGGGCCCAGGCUCCCUGGGGCGGGGCCGUAAGUCCCGCCCUCGGGCGCACACUCUGUGCAUUCUCCUAGGACAGGGGGAUGUGCUUGCAGAGUCAGCGUGCUUGCAGAGUCAGUGACCCUAAGCAGAUGGCAUGACACAUGUCAGACAGGAAGAGGCUCUUUUAGGGUUGGAGUUUCACAGAAGAGCCUUUCCGCAAAAGUACAAGGACUUUACAACAGAAAAUAAAACACUUUAUUUUUGUAAGUUAAACAGUUCCAAAAGAUUUCCUAGGCAAGUCACACCAACAGUGAGAAAAGAAAACUAUCGCUCCAAGACAGAAGGCACGUUGCACAGCAGACCCCUUGCAGAGGUGCAGACCAGCACAAGCACACGCACACACAGCCCCUGGGUGGCCGCACCUGCCCACCAGGCUGACAGGCCGUUGGGGGUGCCCUCCCACCAAGGGCCCCAGGAUUCUGCAGUGGGGCUUCCUCUCCAUGUCUCAGGAACACUGACAAGUCCCAGGGGAGUGCCCACCCUGCCUUUCCCCGGCCUCUCAACUAAUCCCAUCCCCCAGCGCAUGCCCCAGGGACAGCCGGACGGUCCUCACCGGCCUGUGACCCCCAAGGGGUAGCGCCACACCACUGUAUAAACUACCUGGGUCCCCCUGUCAUGCCGGGGACCUAAGCUGAAACCGCGCACACGUCUUCACGUACCAGCCCAACCACAGCUCACGUAGCUGACUUGAGCCUCUGGUUGGUGCUGUCGAGUGCUGCUUUACUUUCCAGAAACCCCACGACCACACGGCACUUCAUUCAAAACCAGGCACAGAUGUAAACAUACCAAAAGUUGGCCUCAUACAGAUGUAACGUCCCUUCCCCAGAACAUUCUAUAAAGUUAUAACAAGUGCUACAAA